AUGUCCAACGAAAUCCACCUUCGCCUUCCAACCAGACUCUCACCAUCUACUCCCACCACCCCUACCCCCCCUACUGCUGCUGAUGCUACUCCGGCUGAUUCCUCGGGACUGUCCAGCACGAUCCCGUUGCUCGGGACGUGGUACGUCCUAAGCUCCUCAGUCGACUAUUGGAGGGAUAAGAGAAAUGUAUCCAUUUCAUAUGCGCUAGCCAGCGACCCGGCCCAGUCUAAGGAGAUCAACAGUGCCAACGUUGACUUUACAAAGGAUUUUGCCCUUAAGUCGGUAGCUUCGUACCAGUCGAUCUCGGGAGAGGACUGCGAGAAAGUUGAUACCAUCGACGGGACAGAUAGACCUAUACCAAACUCUCCUCCAGGGACGAUAACUUGGCGAGGUACCGGCUUCAUCAAGUUUCUAAGCAACCGAUGGGAGAUUCUGGGCUAUGGGAACGUUCCCGGUGAGAGUGGAGAGCUCAAAAGGGAAGGUGAUGACCAAGCUAUGUGGAUGCUCAUAUUUGCGGAUAAGUCAAUGUUAGCAGCCUCGUCCUUGAACCUCCAAACGAAGGGUACCAAGGCGCUUUCAGCCCGGAAUAUGGAACUAAUAAAGAAGGCCUUGAGAGAUUUGGACAACAAGGAGCUACAGGAAUGUUCCGAGAAGAUGGUUGACAUUUUACAAGAGUGA